CUUUGGAGUCUUCCGUGGAGAGCUUUCUUGGCCUGCGCGGCCCCGAGUGGCAAUGUCGGGUUCCCUGAUGUAGAGAGGAGCGAGGGGCCUGCGUCAGCCUUUGCCGCCCCGCAGCCUUCUUUUCCAGUUCGUGACGCGCUUUGAAACUGGCUGCGCGACCUCUUUUCCGGCUCCUGGUUUGCCUGAGGAAGGGGAAGAAGGAGAGGAGGGUGGAUAAACAACAAGGGCGGGGGUGGUGGUGGUAAAUCUUAUAGGCUUCCCGGGCAGAAAUCCUGGCCCAGGCCCCUCGUUCGGCGAGACCCGGUCUUUGGACUUUUGCAGGAUAUCGGAGCGCCCGGGUAGUUUAACGCCAACGUUUAAAGAUAGAUGGUUUAAAGCUUGAAUCUGAAUUAUUGGAUGGAAAAACCAAGCUGAUAUUGUCUCCAUAUGAAUGUAAAUCAAAAAUUUCUGUGAAGAUGGGAAAUAACACCAAGAUUGCAAAAUGUCCUCUAAGAACAAAACAGACUGGUCAGAUUCUGAAGUCAACGCAAAAUACUUGUGUCAGGAAUGAAAAACUUUUGCAAAAGAAGAGAAUUGGUUCAGAAACCUCAGUGACAAAAGGUGAAAAAAAUAGAAUGACUUUUUCACCCACUAAAGAUUUCUGCAAGCAGUAUGCAGAUAAAGACUGUCUACAUAUCAAAAAAAAUAUUCCACCUACAGCUCCUAAUAUACAGAAGACUAAGAACACCAUAAAUAGUUAUGUAGUAACUAAACAGAAGCCUGGCAAAAACAUCACAGCUGAAGAUAAGAAGAGCAGCUUAGUGUGUCUAACACAAGACCAACUACAACAGAUUUUGAUGACUGUAAACCAAGGAAAUAGAUCUAUUUCUGUGACUGAGAAUGGAAAGGAGGAGAAAACAGGUCAGUGUAAUCUACAUUUAAACAGUAUUCCUAAUCAGCCAAAGAACGAGAACAUUAUGGGACUACUAGAAACUGAGGCUGUUUUAACUGUCACAGAUGAAAAUAAAUCUGUUUUAAAUAAACGUCAAGAGACAUCUAAGCAGUGUGAACAGGAAAUUACCAUAGAGAAUAUAUGGAUACCAGGUGACAUAUUCAGUACUCUGGGGGAAAGAGAAUGUGAUAGACGUUUGUUGGAAGCAAAAAAAGCCCAGUGGAGGAAGGAGCUAGAUGAACAGGUUGCUUUAAAGAAGAAAGAAAAAGACUCUUCUGAAGAAAGGAAUAAUAAUCCUUGGAAAAAAUCUGAAAGUGACAAAAUAGUAUGGGAAAAACUUCAAAUUCUUGACCAGUCUAGGGCUUCUGCUAGCUCUUUAAGCAUUCUGUCACAGUCUCCAAGUCAGGUGAUAUCAGUCCAGGCUGAUGGACAUUCAGUGCUUAGAGCCAGUCACGUUUUGGAGGGUGAGGAAGAUGACAGAUGGGCAGUGCAUUUUGAUUCCCUCUAUCCUGGUUCUCAGUCUCAACUCUCCUCUCAGUCAACACACAAACAACCAGAGUACUUCUGUGUCUCUCCUGACACUCAGGAGCUAGCUGACAUCAGCAAUGUGUAUAUACCUACAACUGGAAGCCAGGUUGAACCUUCAAAGGAGGAACAUAUAGCACAACCUGUUAGGGAUGUGGCUGUGGCAAACAGUGAAAAAACAAACUUUCUCCGUUCUAUGACUGCUCUCUUGGACCCAGCUGAGAUUGAGGAACGAGACAGACGGCGACAGAAACAGUUAGAGCAUCAGAAAGCCAUCACUGCGCAGGUAGAGGAGAAACGCAGGAAGAAGCAACUAGAAGAAGAACAAAGAAAGAAAGAAGAACAGGAAGAAGAACGUCGCUUAGCACGGGAACGAGAAGAGAUGCAGAAACAGUAUGAAGAAGACCUACUUAGGCAAAAGCAAAAGGAAGAAAUCAUGACUUUCAAAACAAAUGAGCUAUUCCAGAUGAUGCAGAGAGCACAGGAGCUGGCACAGAGACUGAAACAAGAACAGAGAAUCCGAGAAUUGACUCAAAAGGGACAUGACACCUCUAGAUUGAUUAAAAAUCUUGGCAUUGAUGCAACACAAAUGGAAUAUAAUACAUCCAGUAGCACCAUUUCAAAUUCAAGAACUGACUCGGAUGAAGUCAAUGAUAAGAUGAAUACAUGUAUCAAUUCUGUGACCUCUCCCAAGAAGGACGCUACUGUGCAAACGGAUGACUUAAAUACAGGAACAUUCACCAAUGAAGAACCAGACUGUGGGUCAGUAAUGGAGAAGGAAAUGAUAGAUCAUCUAUCUCCUGAGAUUUCUGCAGAAUUUAAUGGACACCUCAAGAAAAACAAGCAACAACUAAGUCAGGAUAAAGGAGCCAACAUAGAGAAAGAUAGUUGGUAUAAUGACCACUGUAAUCAGUUCACAAGAACAGAGAAACAAACAAAACAUAUCAAGAAAUGUCUUAAAAGGCCAGAUUGGAACAUAAAUAAGCCACUCAGAAGGUAUAUUCCAGCAUCAGAAAAGUAUCCUAAACAACUUCAGAAGCAAAGAGAAGAAAAAAAAGUAAGAAGGCAGAUGGAAUUGCUUCAUCUGUUACAAAGAAAUAAUCCUGGAUAUCUCCCUCAAAAUAGAGGCACUUCACCACAGGUAGUUCAUUCAUCUCAUCAAGAAACUGAAUCAAGGUGCUCUUGGUAUCUGGUCAAAAAGGAAGAACCUCCAGAAGCUAAUUCUUUCAUCAAGAAAAGGUCUCAGUCACCACAAAUUCCAGCAGUGAAAAACAGAACCCAGCAAACUCAGACUAAUACAUUGUAUUUCCCAUUUAAAAAUAUUAGUUAUGAAAGAGAGAAUCUGAUCUUGGGAGGUAGUCAAACAGAAUUAUCACCUGGGAUUUCUGAACCAUCCCAUCUUAUUCCCUAUGUUCGAACCAAUGAGAUCUAUUACCUUGAUCCAGAUGCACCAUUAUCCAGGCCUUCAACCCAGGACCCUCAGUAUCAAAAUUCACAUGACUCUGACCAAGAAAAGCAGCAGCAGUUUGACUCUGACCAUUUCAGGAAUCCACUUCUUACUGUUAACUUGGUGAAAAACAGGGAUCGACAGCAAGAAAUUCUUAAGGGACUCUCAGAACUUAGACAGGGCCUUCUCCAGAAGCAAAAGGAGUUGGAAACUAAUCUCAUGCCUUUAGCUGCAAAUCAAGAAGAAAAUUUUAGUUGUUUUAAAGGUAGAAAACCAGAUUGUCACAUUUGAUUUGUGUCUUCUAUAUUAUAAAAUGUGCUCAUGGCUCAGUUGUGUUGUUCAAAUAGCUUAGACUUUUAAAAAAAUGUUCAUUAAAAACUUGUACAUUGUGUAGUAAAUGGACCCUCUUAUAUAAAUUUAGUAGUAAAGACAACUGUUUUCUGCUGUAUCUGGGUGUUUAACUCCUAGAACAUGUUCUACUUACCAUGAUACAGUCUGGAGUUUUCUGGCCUGUUCAUGAAUACAUACUUCAACACUUUAUCAACAUUUUGCUCUAUCAUCAGGAAGUCAAGAUUAAAGAGCGAAAGGGGUGGGACUCCUACCCAAGUCCUCCUGAGGCACCAAAGUCUAUCUGACGUAACACAUCCAGGCUCUACUUUUAUCAAAACAACCCAAAUUCAGUUUAGACUAAUGUGAAAAAUUUUUUCUCUAAAUCUCUAAAUCCUUUUAUGAUUUUUAUCAUAGAAACUGCAGCAAUUUUAAAAACUUAAAAGUUAGCAUUAGUGGUAGAGAGUUAAACCUGUCAUCUCCACAUAUACUUCAUGAAUUUAAAAAGCACUUUAAAAGCACUUAAUAGUAAUUCUGAGUUAAGAUCUCAAAAAUAGACUUCCUUUUUUGAUGACUACCAAUUUAAAAAUCAGUAGCUAAGGUGGUUCCAAAUGGUUCACAAUGCCCUUAAUAAACAGAAGCCUAUCUUUUAUAAAAGUAAAAUUUUCGCGUGAUUUCCUAAAAGAUAAAAAUAAUGCUGCGUGGUAUUAAGUCCUAUGUACAUAGUUUAUUAUCUAAAUGAAACUGCAUUGUUAUAUAAAUCUUGAGGUAUUGAGCCGAAAUCCUAUAUUAAUAUUACUGGCUUAUACCUAUGUAAAAACACUAUACAAAAGCUUAAAUCAAAAUAAAUACAAUAGUUCGUAAUUCAUUUCAGCAAGAGUAGGUUGUAUCAGACAUUACAUUAGUGGAAGAAAAGCAAAGUUGUUUAUCUUUUUUGUAAAUAUCUAGUUUUACAUAUAAAACUGGCUUCAAUUUGAAGCCCAAGUACAGGUGACACGAAUGUAAAACCUAAUAGUGCCAACAUGAGAUAAUUCAAGUACAAAUAUGUUAAAAAUAUAUAUAUAUUUAUUUCAAUUUUCAGAUGCUUGAACUGUUACAGGCCAUCAUGAUUUAAAUAAGAGAAAAAAACAGAGGAAGAGCAAGAAACUUUUUUUAGAGAAUGAAAUAUAAAUUGUUAAUUCUUAUUUUCAGAAACAAAAAAGUCCACAACAACCUAAUAAAAAAAAGUUAAUUAUUUCUCUUUAGAAUACAGCCUGGGAGAAUCAUCUUUUUCCCAAGUUAAUGGAGAUGGAGAUUUCUCUCUAUCCAAGUUUUGAGUAUAAGCAGAUAAGAAGUAAUUUUCACUUCUUUGAGACUGAGUUGAUGAAAGGGCAUAUGGCGUCCCCAAAAAUGUCUGAUGAGUGAGAACAUUAAAAUGACUAAAUUGAUGAGACAUAUUUAAUUGACUGUGAUAAAUCUGAAAGUUGUCAUAUGAAUCUUGUUCUGCUGAAUUGCUGUUCUCUCCUUCAGAGCAUGCCAUGGCAAUAGAUGCUCUCUCUUCAGAAUCAUCUUCUAAUAAACUUUUUUGCAUGUCAAGAUAUGAA